AUGUGGGGUCCUCAUGAUUUGUGGUGGUCGUUGGUCGUCGUUGGGACGCUAACUCAACCAGGAUUCCAAUCUUAUUGGCUCUCAACCAUCGGAAUUUACUCAACACCGACAUACUUCAUCAAGAGACAUGGCUCAAAAGGGCUUAGAGGAGAAACGGUCGAAUACGCUAGAAGGCCAAACCUUGAUGCCCUGCUCGAGCCCUGA